UUGUAAUAAAGCUAUAUAUUACUAACAGUAUACAAUCAACUCAGUUGACUGGUAACUUUUAUUAAACUCAGAAGACAAAAUGUUUAUUGAACUAGUAUUAGUAACAGCGAUUAUAAGUGUAAUAGUUUAUAGAUUUUUGAGUAAGACUACUAAUAAGGCGUAUGAUACAUUCUAUAACACUCCCAGUCCGAUAAGAUUUCCAGUUCUUGGUUCCAGUUAUUUAUUAUUUGGUCGAAAUAUUUUAUUGGCUUUGACAUACAACAUUGAAAAAUAUGGGCAAUCAUUUUUGGCUUACAUACCUCACAGAACUUAUGUAACUGCAAUUCCCGAGGAAGUGAAGAUCAUCCUGAAUCAUCCCAACGCACUGAACAAAAGCAAAGAGUACAAUCACUUAAGAUGGAUCUUCGCUAAAAGUUUGUUACUGACACAUGCUGAUCCAUGGAGAGUAAACAGAAAAUUGAUAUCUAGAAGUUUCAAGCAAGGUAUUCUGGACUCUUUUGUUACAACUUUUUAUAAGAAAAGUUGCCUUUUGAACGAUAUUUUACGAAGGGACGCUUACAAAAAUAUUUAUUAUUUGUUAGAAGAAUUUACGUUGGAUGUGUUUUCCGAGGCUACUCUGGGAAUAGAAUCAUCAAUUCUGAAGGAUGAAAAAGAACACAGAUUCGUGGUUGGUGUUACUACUAUUCAGACUCUUCUGAUGAGUAGAAUAGGCAAUAUAAUCAAGAUGAAUGACUUCAUAUUUUCCUUUUUACCUGAUGGUAUAAGGGCUAAAAAAUGUCGUACUGAUAUGAAUAAUUACAUUCAAGAUAUUAUAGAAAAGAAAAGAUCAAUUGGUAUUAAACAAGAUAUUUAUUCUCCUUCAGCAAGGUUGCCCGUUUUGGACUUGCUAUUAGAAAUCGCCGAAAAGGAAAAUCUAACAGACAAUUAUAUUAGUGAGGAGAUGUUUUUAUUUGCUGGAGCUGCAACUGACACCACUGCUUAUACUAUCGCAUAUGCUUGUUGCCUUUUGGGAAUGCAUCCAGAAAUCCAGGAAAAAAUAUACAAAGAAAUAAUUGAAACAAUUGGUAAAGAGGAGGAGAUUCUUUACAGCGAUUUAAGCAAACUAAAGUACACCGAAAUGGCUUUGAAUGAAACUCAGCGAAUUCUUCCCAGUAUUCCAAUAAUUGGAAGGCAUACAACAGCUGAUAUUUCUUUAGGUGACAAAGUCAUACCAAAAAACACAGGGAUAAUUAUAUCCAUAUUUAACAUACACCGAAAUCCAGAAUAUUAUCCAGAUCCUUUGGUGUUCAAUCCGGAUAGAUUUCUUCCGGAAGAAGUCGCCAAAAGACCGCAGAACACUUUUCUGCCAUUCUCUCAAGGUCCCAGAAAUUGCAUUGGCAUGAAGUAUGCGUCGAUGUUAAUGAAAACGGCGAUUGUGAACAUCGUGAGAAACUUUAAGAUUUCGUCUAAGUACAAGAGUGUUAGUGAAUUGAAAUUGGUGUCAAACGUUGUCAUGUCCACGACUCAUCCUUUGGACCUUACUUUUACUCCUAGAUCAUAACUAAAAAAAUUAUAUAUACCGGGUUGUAUAAAUGUAGAUAAACAACAAAUAAAUCAGUAAUUCGUA